CUGAAAACGAGAUUGUAAGCUUGUUGGUGCCUAACGACCAUAAGAACGCCAUUAACGAAAAUAUGGAAUUAUAUAUGGAACUUUACCUGUUUAAUUGAUUAAAAAACGUAAAGAGUCAAAGCCUCGCCCAAUAUCCGUCCCCACCUUCGACUGAGCGGCUCCUUUGCGGAACCUGCUAUGGAGGACAACGAGGGUCACGUUAGCGAGGAGUUUCUAUGCUGCCCCAUAUGUACAGAGGAAUAUGAUGACCCGCGCUCCUUGCCUUGUCUACAUACAUUCUGCCAAAACUGUCUCGCCGAUCACAUAGAAGCUAACACACGAGGUAUUCAGGUUCCAAAGGGGUUUGACUGCCCAAAAUGCCACCAGUUCGUGGACACGCCCAACGUUCUGCAGGGACCUAGCUCCUGGGCGGAGUCGCUUCCUCAGAACCAAUUUAUCAUAGGUCUGAUCGAGGCUGUGCGCCUGCGCACUGACGGACGGAAGUGUGACCCAUGUGACCGUCGCGGGGAGAAGACCCUGGCGACCACGUGGUGUGAGAACUGUGGGGAGGCCAUGUGCGAAGAUUGUCAGAACCAGCAUAACAGUCUUAAGAUCUCGAGGACGCACAUUCUGGUGGACAUUGCAAGCAUCAAGCUGAAACCGAUCAAGAGCACAUUGUUAAGGACGCCAUGUCAAGAACAUGAGGGGAAAUUUCUAGACUUUUACUGCGAGGACCACGCUCAGGUGAUUUGUUCAACGUGCGCCACGGGCUUCCAUCGCGUGUGCACGAGCAUUAUGAGUGCAACGGAAGCGGCGGCCAAGCAGCGGGAGGAGGCGAAGGGCGUCUCAGAGAAGCUGCAGCAUCAGACCAGCUGGGGGACCCGGAUCCUGGACAACCGGAAGCACGUCAUACAGACGCUUGAUGACGCUUCAAGCAACGUUAAGAAUCAGAUUUCCAGUAUCAGACAACAGAUAAAUGAUAUUCUUACUGCCCAGGAGGAGCGUGCUCUGGUUCAACUGGAAGAGCUAAAGAAGGGCGAGAUGAGCCACUUCCAGCGGGAGGCGGAGCGUACGCAGGACAUCGUAAACACCACCAAGAACGCCACGGCUGUUCUCGAGAACUCCAUGACGCAUGGAACCGACGCGGACGUUCUUAUAACUUACAACAAGGCCAAACGCGAGGCGAAUUUCUGCGAGAAAAGCCUGAAAGAGGUCUCCAAGCAUCUCCGUGACGUUGUUCUAGCCUUCUCAACGGAUAAGAGUCUUCAGAUGUUCCUAGGUACGCUGAAAGAGAUGGGGAAGUUUUCCCUGUCGCAUACGUCUAUACAGAUACCUCCCCCGUACACAGUCCGCGCCGACACAAUCAUCAUACCGGAUGAACAGAUCGUAGAAUCCCUCGAAGACUCACAUAAUUAUAGUAUCCCUACUAAGAAGACGCAGCGAAAGAAACGGGAGCCAGUGGAUACUGAUUUAAAGCUGUUCCCGCCUUCCCCGUCCAUCACGCCAGUUCCAGUUCACCAAAAAAGCAGCGGUAUUCCCCAGGGUCGUUUGGAGGCAUAUUUUAAAGUACGGACUGCCCAAGAUCGCGAUAACUGUUGUAUAACCGGAGCGGAAGUGCUUCCAGACGGCCGUAUCGUCCUCGCUGAUCAGGUUCACCGGAAGAUAAAACUGUACGACCGGGAAUAUCGAUGGCUUGGUGAGCGCGUCUUGUCGGCCCGCCCGUUCGAUAUCGCAGCCAUCUCACAGAGCGAAAUCGCCGUCACCCUGCCGCGUGAAAAACGGUUCUUACUAUUGCAAAUACGGGAGACGGAUAUUCCUAUCCUGGCGGCUAUCCAGACCGGCGCGAAAUGUUGGGGAAUCUCAUACUCCAACUACAUGCUCGCUGUGUGUUGCUACGACUCUCCACCCAGCGUCAAGCUGAUGUCACGUGACGGACGGGAGUUGAAGGUCAUCAGCAAGGACAAUGUAGGUCAUAACCUCUUUUUCUUCCCCGAGUACAUUGUCCUUGACCGAACCGCGGGUUGCAUGUACGUUACGGACAGAUACAAGAAGACGGUCAUCGCUCUGACCACUCAAGGGGAAAAACUCUGGGAAGUACGAUAUGAUGGUCUAAAAAUGCCCAAAGGGAUCACACUCCAUGGAAACCGACUGUUCGUUGCCGGAAACAAGUCUCACAACGUUAUCGCGAUAAACACGGACGGCGAGAUACUUGGUGACGUCAUCGCUGACGGCGUGUCGAACCCGCACAAACUUGUUUUGGUUCCCGGCUCUGACAGACUAUUGGUUACACAGUACAAUAUGACAUUAAUUGACGUAGAGAGAAACACAAUCAAAGUUUUCGCAAUUCCAUGGUAAUAUAUUUUUCUUCUUGAAUGUAGCAUUUGUGUAAGUUAUAAAGUAAUCAUAAGACAUUUGUAAUUAUCAUAUUAUAAACAAUCAGCUUACCAAAUCUUGCCGUAGGUCGGACAUGACUUGUAAAAAGAAAAUAUUCGAAAGUGUGACACUGCUUGUAUUUCAUUAAAAAUAUGUAUCGCGUGUACUGUAUCUUAUAACAUAUGUACUAUUAUAAAAUAUUUAAAUUUGCUGUGGUAAAAAGUAUUUUGUUUCUUUGUUUCUUCGAGCAGUUCAUUUAUAAUAGUGUUCUAUGGAAUCCUGUCAAGGAUGUGGCUUUCUCGUUCCUCGCUCCUUGAAAUUGUUGAAGAAUAAAACAUCGCGAGAUUUCUUUGACACUUCUUCGCAUCCAUUUUUUAUUCAAUUUAUACAGUAAACAUACCUGUAUCCGUUUUAUCUCAAAAUCGAGGAAUACACACAUGCCAGAUUUCAUUAAAACUUUCGCGCAUUUUUUCGAUGCAUUAAUAUGAUUCUUUUGAUAUAUCAAUGUAUAAAGUUUAAACAUAUUUAUUUUACAACGAUUGUGUUAUUACAACAUUAUAUUAAUCACUCUCGUUGGCCCGAUUUUACGCGAGAGUGUGGUCUUGUGUUGUGGGGGAAACCGGAGAACCCGGAGAAAACCCACUUGUCCGGCUUGGUGACCACAAACAAUAUGUAUAUGCGGAAGUUUAGAUGAAAUCUCGCAUUUUUAAGUGGAUUUUGAGGAGGAAACUGAUAGGUUUACUACGUAAAUUGAACGUCCCUCUUUCGUUAUUCAGCUAUUUCAAGGAGCAAGGUACGAGAUCAUAAUGUCCCAAGGAUUACAGGAUUCCAUAGUUUACUGAAACGACUUUUCUCUCAGCGUAUCCUCCUAUAUAAGUGUGUACACGUAUAUACUCCUUUUAUCCAUACAAAUCUAUUUUUUUAAGAUUAAAGAUGCACCCUUACUCCCAGAUGAGAUUUACCACAAUUAAAUAUAUUGUUUUAAAAAAGUAUUUAAAAAAAGGAAUAAAUGUCGAAAACAAUGGUUCUUAUGAAGGAUACCGAGUUGAACUUGAAAGAAAUACGCAUAAAAUACGGUAUGUCUACCUUAUGAGACUAUAGUAGACUACAAUAAAUCUUUUAGCAUUCACCAAUCAUUUAAUAUUUUUGCGCUUUCUGCUAUUAAAUACACGUUACAAUCUUGUUAUCAGAAACUAAUAUUUUCCAUAAGUGCAUUAUUUAGUAAGUAGUUAAAGUGUAUCACUCAAAUUUGGUGUUUGUUAUACAUGUGUAUGUAUUGAUUUUGAAUAAAAGUGUCACUUUAAAGUUAAUGAAAAAAUGUAAAACAAUUAAAAAUGUC